UCUCUCUCUCUCUCUCUCUCUCUCUGUGCAAUGCCAUGGAUUCAAACGAACCUGAUCAAGUGAAACCUUUAGCGGAAUUUCUAAUUCGCCGCCACUCUGAGCAGCUCCGUUCCAUUGUUUUGUCUUCUGACCCUAAGCUUCACUACCCUCUUUAUAUUGAUUUUGCAGAGCUAAUGGACGAAAAUCCCCAACUUGCCCAUCUCGUAUUCUCCCAACCAACUGAGUACUUGCGGCAUUUCGACCAAGCUGCUUUGUGGGCUCACAAAAUUGUGCUGGAGAAUUUGAAUUUUGGGGAGAAGGGGAUUCAGAAGAAAUUUAUUCAUGUUCGUAUUAAUGUGUGUGGAUCUCCACUUGAAUGCCCUGAGACCUUUCCAAGCAUAGGACGUGUGAGGGUGAAGCACCGAGGGAUUCUUCUGACUCUAAAAGGAACUGUGAUCAGAUCUGGCACAAUAAAGAUGUAUGAAGGGGAGAGGAUGUAUAGGUGUCGGAAAUGCAAGCACGAGUUCCCGGUUUAUCCUGAGCUUGAGAGUAGAAACUCCAUAACACUACCAUCAUUUUGCCCCUCUAUGAGGUCUAAGCCUUGUGAAGGCACAAGGUUUGAUUGUGUAGAUGAAACUGUAAUACGCCAUGAUUAUCAGGAAAUCAAAAUACAAGAAAGUACACAGGCAUUGGGUGUUGGGGUUAUACCUCGCUCAAUUCCUGUCAUCCUAAAGGAUGAUCUUGUUGACAUUGUUAAAGCUGGAGAUGAUGUCAUUGUUUCUGGGAUUUUGACUGCAAAGUGGUCUCCUGAUUUGAAAGACGUCCGCUGCAACCUUGAUCCUGUAUUAGUUGCUAAUCAUGUGAGGAGAACUAAUGCGCUGAAAUCUGACAUUAAUAUCCCCAAUGAUGUUAUCAUGAAAUUCAAUCAGUUUUGGUCAGAAUUCAAAGAUACUCCUUUAAAAGGUAAAGAUGGGAGAAAUGCCAUUCUGCUAGGUAUUUGCCCACAGAUUUUUGGACUUUUCACUGUGAAACUUGCAGUUGCAUUAACACUCAUUGGAGGUGUGCAACAUGUUGAUGCCUCUGGUACCAAAAUUCGAGGGGAGUCUCACUUACUUCUGGUUGGUGAUCCAGGUACCGGCAAGUCUCAAUUCUUAAAAUUUGCUGCAAAAUUAAGCAACCGAUCUGUCAUCACUACUGGGUUGGGGAGCACUAGUGCUGGAUUAACAGUUACUGCUGUGAAGGAUGGAGGAGAAUGGAUGUUAGAAGCUGGGGCCCUUGUUCUUGCUGACGGUGGCCUUUGUUGCAUUGAUGAAUUUGAUAGUAUGAGAGAACACGACAGGGCAACAAUACAUGAAGCAAUGGAGCAGCAAACCAUAAGUGUUGCCAAGGCUGGUCUUGUAACAACUCUCAGUACUAGGACAAUUGUCUUUGGUGCAACAAAUCCCAAAGGACAAUAUGAUCCAGAUCAAACUCUAUCUGUCAAUACUGCGCUCUCGGGUCCAUUAUUAAGCAGAUUUGAUAUAGUUCUGGUUCUCUUGGAUACAAAGAAUCCUGAAUGGGAUGCAGUUGUGUCAUCUCACAUUCUUGCUGAGGAAGAAUCAGACAAAGGCGAUCACAAUGAUGAUUUAGCAAACAUUUGGACAUUAGCUAUGCUUCGUAGGUAUAUUCAUUUCGUUAAAGGGUACUUCAGACCAGUACUCACAAAGGAGGCUGAAAAGGUUAUCUCAAGUUAUUAUCAACUUCAAAGAAGAUCUGGGACUGAUAAUGCAGCAAGGACAACUGUUCGCAUGCUGGAAAGUUUGAUACGCCUUGCUCAAGCACAUGCAAGACUUAUGUUCAGAAAUGAGGUCAGUAGGUUAGAUGCUAUCAUGGCAAUUUUAUGCAUUGAAUCAUCCAUGACGACUUCAGCCAUUGUGGACAGCGUUGGGAAUGCCCUGCACUCCAAUUUCACAGAAAACCCUGAUCAGGAAUAUACCAAGCAAGAAAGGCUCAUCCUUGAAAAGCUGAAAUCGAUUGAUGAAUUUUCUGACAUGCACAGCAUAGAAGAAUUGUCCAGAUGAGAAGACAGAAAGCAAAAGCAUCUCAGCGAAUAGAAUUAAAAGAUUAUCAGGCAGUUCAUGACCGCGAGUAUAUAUCCACAAUCUGUACCACUUUGUUAUUGAAAAGAAAAAUCCCGAGUUACUACCAUUUUUCUUUCUCUAGCUUACACAACUAUCAUGCCGAUUGAGUAUUAUCUACUGGCAAUGAAUUUGUUACAUUUGAUAUCAUGUACAGUAUAAAUAUUGAUUUUAAUAUUUAGUUCAGCAGGCAUUGUAUUUGUAGUUUCACAUGGUUUAUGUACAAAGCUACCUUGGAUAUAUACGUCUUAUGUUUUCUCUGUCU